AACUACCGGCGUGCAGCGCGGCUGUGGCCCAGCGGCAGCGGCCGCCUCAGGCAGCCCGGCCGGGCCGCCCAGGGCCGCAGCAGCGGAGGCAGGAUGGCGCUGAAACGCAUCCAGAAAGAACUAACCGACUUGCAGAGGGAUCCUCCUGCCCAGUGUUCUGCAGGACCUGUGGGUGAUGAUCUGUUCCACUGGCAGGCCACCAUCAUGGGCCCGAAUGACAGUCCUUACCAAGGAGGCGUUUUCUUCCUGUCCAUCCACUUUCCUACGGAUUACCCUUUCAAGCCCCCAAAGGUUGCUUUCACUACCAAAAUUUAUCACCCCAACAUCAACAGCAAUGGCAGCAUCUGCUUGGACAUCCUACGGUCUCAGUGGUCUCCAGCGCUGACCAUGUCAAAAGUUCUCUUGUCCAUCUGCUCCCUGCUGUGCGACCCCAACCCUGAUGACCCCCUGGUGCCAGAGAUAGCCCACACCUACAAGGCUGACAGAGAGAAGUACAACAGACUAGCAAGAGAGUGGACACAGAAAUAUGCUAUGUAAGUGCCUCGGAGGUUUUACAGGAGACAUUGUCCAAGAGAAACUGGCCAUGCAGAGAGGUCUUCCUGUGAGACUCUGAGUUGCUGGCUGAGCCUCUCACAGAGAGUCAUCUGUUCCUCAAACAAACGUUGGUCGCCUUGUCUCUACAGCUGCAGCAUGUUGGUGCCAGUCUCAGCCAUUGUGGCUUUGACAAUGUUUUGUCUUUGAUGCCAUAUCAGCAGCCAUUGUCAUGAUCUGCAGCUUCCUGGUUACACUGGAAUCGGUCCCCCUGCCCUGACUCAUCUGCUCGUUUCUUGGGGGCCAGGCCCUGCACGCCUCCCCAGCCUGGCCUCAACUGGUGCCACUUCCUGCCAUGGUGCCACACAGAGCCUCGCCCUUCUCCUCACAUGCCCUUUCCUUUUGGAACUCGGGGUUGUCCUGGGUGCCCAGGGAAGAGCAGGCUUUCCUCACACCCCGUCUGUCAUAGAACCAUGUCCCAAGAAGUGUCCAUUCAUCCUGGAGGCUCCCAGGCAUCAGGAACAGUGGAGGCAAGGCGUCACUGGCAAGUGGAGGCCUUGCCCUGUGGCUUCCCCCAGUCUUGCAGUGCCUCACGCUAGCGUUUCUCCCCCUACACAAAGAAGCAGCAAGUGGAAAAUCGUUAGGCUAUAAAGCACUAACAACCCAUUAGAGAUGACUGUCUUUUUAGAAGCAAGAGCAAAAUUAUGAAACCUGAGGGAUUUGGGUUAUGCUUUUCUAUGUGUUGAGGUUUUACACCGCCCCCACACAUUCUUCCACUGGGAGCCUGCACUAAGUCCAAAUGUAAGCCUUUUACAGACUAGAACACAAGAGAGUGGAGAUACUCUUUUAAACGUGAAUAAAAAUGCAAUUCACUCAUAACUCUAA